CUGAGUUAAUUUUAUUUAUUUAUUAUUUUAUGAACCUUCCCAAAACAUUUUUAUUUCUAUUUUGUCGAAUUAACAUGUCUGCUGACAUGGCUAUUUCUGUUUUGACUGCUUUUAUUUUUGGUUCCUAAUGUAAAUAUUGUUUUGGGGGAAACGUUAUUAGUGUUGCACGAAGCAAUGUUCAGUGACGUAGCUGCAGCAGCCAGGCAGAAGCUGCCUAACGGAGCUGCUGGUAAGACGCGUGCUAAAGCUACCUCUCACUUUUAAUAAUGUUUAUGUUGUUAAAAAUAGUUUUCACAGCUUUUGUUCUGCAAAAAUAUAAGGUUAACUGUGCAAGUGUUUUUAAUACAAACUUUGGUGUUGGUUAAAGUUAAUUUGUUACGUUUAUUAAGUUUGUAUAAAGUUUCCCUCCAAAAUGUGUUUGUUGGGCCGCAGGACUGACAGUGAUCGUGUAUCAUACCUGGUGCUGAGUGUGUUCCACUGUCUUAUAGGUAUGUAAUGGAUACACAGAUUUAUUUUGUGGUUUGAUGUUGAUUUGUGCAAGAUUUUACUUUUCUUUAGUCCAUUUGUUGUUAAUCUAUAAAAAAAGCAGAAGCUGCCUAACGGAGCUGCUGGACUGACAGUGAUCGUGUAUCAUACCUGGUGCUGAGUGUGUUCCACUGUCUUAUAGGAAUAAAACAAAAAAAACCAACGCAGAGUACUAUUCCUUUCCACAUCUGUUACAUCUGGUGCCGUGACCCGGAUCCAUUGGUUAGCCGCUGCCGACCGCCGAGGGUUCAACUGUGUGCUAGUGAAGCCGACGUCAUCAAGCUGGUCGACCUGUGGAUCCUGUUCAUUACUGUCGAGGACUGACAGUGAUCGUGUAUCAUACCUGGUGCUGAGUGUGUUCCACUGUCUUAUAGGUAUGUAAUGGAUACACAGAUUUAUUUUGUGGUUUGAUGUUGAUUUGUGCAAGAUUUUACUUUUCUUUAGUCCAUUUGUUGUUAAUCUAUAAAAAAAGCAGAAGCUGCCUAACGGAGCUGCUGGACUGACAGUGAUCGUGUAUCAUACCUGGUGCUGAGUGUGUUCCACUGUCUUAUAGGAAUAAAACAAAAAAAACCAACGCAGAGUACUAUUCCUUUCCACAUCUGUUACACAUAUGUCUUCACUUUUUGCCGUUAUAGUGAUUUUAAACGUUUAAUUGCGUAAAGACGGUUCAGUUUUCGGUGUUUAUCAAACAUUCAUUGCUGAUUUCCUGUUCAGUAUAUUAACCUCAUCUGUUUGAAUUGGUAACCAUAUUUUCAACAAACAUUUUUAUUUUAGAAUUUCAUGGAUUGGGAUCUUUGCUGCCCGGUUCUGAUCACAGUGAGGCAUAAAACCGGUUUCCUUACUUCCUGUUUGCUGCUUCAAAAUAAAAGACUGAUGAGGGUGACGUCGUUCAACGGUAUUUCCGUUAUUAAAAGACUAGCAAGCAAGGAUUUCACAUUAGGUUUGUGUUUACACUCUAUGAUGCAUCUUAACAAAUGAAGAGGAUUUAAGAAACCAAUAUAUAUACAAUUUUUGAAAAUGUUGAUUUAAAUAAAUCAAUAGGAGUUGGUUAUCAGUGAAACAUUUUUUCUGUUAACUGAAAGGAAAAACCUGACAGUUUAUUUAGCCUUUAAAAGCUUAUUGUGGCCUUAUAUACUAAAAGAUGACAAAAUAAAAAUAGAAUAAAAGUCACAACCUCGGACGGUUUUUGUCCCUCUGCUGGUCAAACCGAAAACUACAACAACAGAAAACCAUCAUGGCGGCGCCCAUCAGGCUCAUAUCAAGGUUGACUCUGGUCACUGGUGGAGGCAGCGGGAUCGGCCGCGCCGUGUCUCAGCGUCUGGCCUCUGAAGGCGCCUCAGUGGUGAUCGCUGACAUCAGCGAGGAUUCAGCCAAUGAGACGGUGGGACGCCUGCAGAGUGACCUCAAAGGUCAGAGUCACAUGGCGGCUGCAGUGGACGUGUCGUCAAAGGAGAGCGUGACGAAGCUGCUGACGAGAAUCCAGACUCGUUACUUCCAGCCUCCCUCAGUGUGUGUGAACUCUGCAGGCGUCACUCAGGACGACUUCCUGCUCAGCAUGGAGGAGGAGAAGUUCGACAGAGUCAUCCAGGUCAACCUGAAGGGUUCGUUCUUGGUGACCCAGGCUGUGGCUCAGGCUCUGGUUGCCUGUGGAGCUUCUAAAGGAUCCAUCAUUACUCUGGGCAGCAUCGUAGGAAAAGUGGGAAACCUGGGCCAGGUGAACUACGCUGCCUCUAAAGCCGGAGUCGAAGGUUUAACCAGGACGGCUGCUAAAGAGCUGAGCAGGUUUGGGAUUCGUUGUAACUGCGUGUUGCCUGGUUUCAUAACCACUCCCAUGACGGACGAAGUACCGGAGAAGGUCCUAGUCAAAAUGAAGUCCCUGGUGCCUCUGGGUAGAAUGGGUGAACCUGCAGAGGUCGCCGAUGUUUGUGCCUUUCUGGCUUCAGAUGAUUCUCGUUACAUCACAGGAGCCAGCAUCGAGGUCACAGGUGGACUUUUCAUGGGUUAAAACACAACAACAUGUUAAUGAAUCCCGAAGAAAAGACGUUUCCUCCCUAAAGUAGUUAAUUAAUGUAGUGAUUAUUUAAAUGUGAUUGUAUAGGACAAUAUUUUUAAUUAUGAAAAUACUUUUUGUAUCAAUAAACACCUGAAUGCCAUGUUGAAGCCUUUCUUCAUUAAAGAUUUUAUUUAAAACCUGA